AUGCCGGCAGUACCACUGACCUGGAUGAUAUCAUAUCCAUCCCGCCACCGAGUGGGCUUCAUCUACCUCGUAUACUCUAGCUUCAUUCCCGGAUACAUGACGAAUCCCCAAGACUGGGCGGACAAUUACCACGUCCCAUUCGUCGCCUUCUCAGACCGCUCGAGUGCCCGAGAGUGGGCCUACAAUCGUUCCGCAGAGAGAGACGCGGAAGAGCAGCCGCUGUGUUUCCACUUUAGCCAGUUCAAUCUGCAUGGGCGAUUUUCGCCCAAUGCGAAGGCGUAUUGCACGUUUGUAUGCCGCUACAAAGAGGGCACGGGCGCCCUCAUGGGAGAGAAGACGCAGUGCUACGAAUUGGCGUCCGACGCAGCUGCGUAUCUGAUCGACAUGAUCGAAUUCAUAAACGAAAGGCUAGCGGCCGAUGACAAGAUCCUCAGAAGAGCAGGCCAGACGUCCCAGGGAUUCCCGGUCUUCAAGGUCUCUUGCGUAAGCAAGCCGGUAGACCGCAGCAUACGGAGUGCCUUGGGGAACAGGGAAGAGGACGAUCCCGUUAACAAUGCAUCCCUUGAUAUCGGCUUUAUUUUUAGUGAUGGGAAACCAGGAACGAGAUAUGGUUACAUCUUGUUCGUGAAGGAGUAUGCCCUGGUGGAUUUGGGCUCGGAAUACUCCAUUACUGAAAGUGUACGGAGGCGGGCGAUUGCCUGGUCCAUUCGCGACGACUAUCUUUCAGACGAAUUACGCCUCCGAAAUGAAUUCAUUUCCAGCGCGGAGUUCUUAGAUGACAUUGAGGAUAUUGAGGAAGACACUGAGGAGCACACUGAGGAGGAGAACCAUGUUCAGAAUAGGAACGGAAUGAAUGGAAGAGUUGCUCGAUAA